CGGUAUUACGACCAAGGUGGCAAAUCUUGGAGAUGAUAUCCAGCGAGUUACUAGUCUGGAGCUUACUUUGAGAGAUUAUCAUGAAACUCAUUCUUAAAGAAUGUUUUGAUCAAAAGGAAAAUUAGAAAGCCCACCUGGCAUUCGCUGUGAUCAAGUAUAGGGACCAGUAUGUCGUUCAGUCAAAUGAGACCUCGAACAUCACAGUUGGUGGAGCUCCAUGUUUUUUAUGUCCCAGAAGAAGUGUGGAACUUCAAGCUGAAUACAGUUCCUGUAGCUCUUACUAGCAAAUUCAUCUCAGCUGGAUUUAUAAGGGUGUCUCCUCACAUCACAUUAAGAGUGCUACGGGAGAAGCUUGGAGAGUACCUGGGUGGAGUUGCAGUUGCAGAUAAAUUCAAAUUUUUAAAAUGCAUUGGGAAAAAACUAGCAGUGGUGAAAGCAAAGCAAGAAACAGAACUGGAACUGAAGUCAUUUGCUCCUCCUUAUGCACUUUAUCCUGAGUUAUAUUUACUACCUGGAGUGGAAUACUUUGAAGGUGUUUAUCCAUUAUCAUCAUCUACUCAACAAAGACAUCCCUUUAAUGCAGAAGCUAAUAGGUUUGGUCAUGGAUCAAGAUUAUCCAAUCUUCCCCAACAAAAACCUGAAAAAAGCAAACAAUUUUUAGAAAGCAUACAAAGCAGUCAUCAGCUAGAAAAUCAGGAGAUGCACAGUCCUGCAGAAUGGAGUGAGAAAGAACCUGUUCCAGUUUUGCACACAAAACAUAAGCAAGACCGUAACAACAGGAUUCAAGAAAAACAGAUUCAGUUUAGAGGAAAAGAUCAAAAUGGAUCCAGUGGAUCUCUCUUCACACCAAGUCAUUCAAAUCCUGCAGAUGGGGAGUCUGGAAAGAGUGAUACGAUAUUACAGACCUCUCAGCAAAAUCAUCUCAGCCAAGAUCAGAAAGAGCCUAACACUCCUAAGUGGAAUGACAAAGCCAAAGGAACUGCUCUUACCCUUCAUGUAAACCACAGUUUUGAACAAGGCCAGAAUAACCAAAGACCCCAAAAUCACAUUAAAUACCGAAAGGAACUAACAAACAUGGAAAAUAAUGAUGACCAAAAAGAUACCAAACUAAGAAAAGACAGAACACAGGAUGCUGCAAUUCUUAAAAUAAUGGAAGACCAAACCACAGAAUACGUAUGCAAAAAACAAAGCUUGCAGCAAUACAGAACUAGCAAGUCUAUAGCUGAUCCUGGUGAAAAACUGGAUAAUCAGGCAGAUGAAAACAAGCAAAAUCAUCUUACUUGUUUGAAAGAAUAUAUUUCGCCUCCUAGUCCACCUUUUCUGGCAUUUUCUGUAAAUCCAGCUCAACUUCCUGCAGUUCAGGCAGCAAAAAACAAGAUGGUGGAACAAUUGCAACAAAUGAAGAAAGACAGAAGGCACAUGGAAAAAACUAGAGAAGAACUGAUCAAAAAAGCUAAAGGGCUACUAGAACAAAAUAAGCUGAGGAGAUACCACGUUCGUGAGGAAUGGAAAAAGAAGUACUUUGAAACUAAGAAAGCUACGGUUUCACUGGAGGGUACUUUAAACAAACUGCGACAAGAUUUAGAGCUUUAUCACCAGAAAUUACUCUUGCAAUUGGAAGCCAGAGAUAGCCGAAAACGACCAAACAAUAUGACAAACUCCAAGAAUUACACAAUCAUCCGGAUUACUACAGUGCAGCAUGAACUCGAUCAACUGAGGAGGAAGCUGGAUGAUGCAAAAAUGAAACUUGUAAUAGAAAUUAAGAUGAGAAAGCAGGCAGCAUCUGAUUUACGAGCACUGAGAGCGGAACUGACACAGAAGAAGAUUCAUUCAGCUUUAAUUCUUCAGUCCAGAAAAUCAGGAAUUUAAGAGGGUGACAUGACUUAAAGUCUUCAGAAGCUCUGUAAUGUAUGUAGAAGCUCAGAAUUUCACAGCAUUUGUGUGUUCUUGAAGUUAUCUUGUAAAGACAUCAACUAUAUAAAUGUUGUGGAAUUUGUAUACUAGGUACUGCAGAUCACUUCUUUUUAAGUCUCACUAUGAGAUGUCAGCUACAUACAGUUUAACCUAGUAAUGUGUCUAAACAAAAACUAAGUUAUUUUAAAAGUGCACAUUAGGGAGUUGUUAACAUCACGUUGGUAUGCUGAUGUUCUUUCAUUAACAAUGCCUACUAAGCAAAUAAACCUAUAAUCUAUAACCUCCUGUUCUUAUUUUCAGGCACAUGCAUUUAAUUUUUGGAAGAUGAUUAAAAUACAUCUUCUGUAGAACUACAGCAACAGUAAUCCUUUAUUUAGCUAUUUACUGAAGUAUAUUUUUGUCACUAUAAGUAUGCCUGCCUAUAAAUUACCAAUGUAUUAUUACCAUAUUAUUAUGAAGUAUGAACAAAAUCUGAGAUAAUGUCACCUUAUUUCCUAUCUAAUCUAGCUGGUUUUGUUCCCUCUCUUAUUAGGACAGCCCUGUGGACAUUAAUCUUCUUAUAUAGUUAGUGGAAGAUGCAAGCUUUGUCUUGGACAAGCUGUAAUGAUGAUCCUGGUCCUACUUACAGUAUUGCAUAAUCGCUUAAGUUCAAGCUCAUGCAUGUGCUUAAAUAACAAUUCUCUGAAAGAGUAAUCAGAAACCUCUUCUUGCUAGUCAUUUUUUCUAGCUCUCCUGUUUGCUUCUUUGCAGUUCCAGAUGUUAUUACGUUAAGCAGAACAGUAACAUGCUAGGAAUUAAUGUCAGCUAAAAAGCUGACAAGGCUGUAUUUAUUACUGGAAGUGAAACACUCAUGGGAAAUCAGUAAUACGGUAAGAAAAUUAUGCAACUCUCAAAAGGACUAACUUCCAAAUGUCUUGAGUCAAACCACCCAUUAUCCAAUUUAUUUUCUUAAAGGUAGGAUUUAACAAAGAUUUUAGUGCUAAAGUAUUAUAUUAAUUAUUAAAACUACAACCACUUUUGCUCAAUUUCCUGUAUUUCAGAAUUGUGUCUUAUUUAAGACACAAGAGCAGGCAGCUAGCUACUGGAAAAUCUGAACACAAAUUAAAAAAUAAAAAAUGUCAACUCAUGAUUCUUGACUGCUACAGGAAGGAGAGCUUUAUUGUAAAGUCCUCUGGCCUUCAGUAAAGAUUUUGUAGCUCAGAUCAUCCGCUCUAGCAGACCUCUCAAUUUUACAAAUACCUGUGUCUCAGUAUUUUAGCGUAUGAAUAUAAAUAGUAAUAAAAAUUCUGAAGUAUCUAUAUGUCAAAUAAAUUUAUCAGUUUGUCCUAAAACCUACAGACCAGAGUUCUAGUGUAAUUAUUUUUUUUGUGAGAGCAGUAGCCUUCACCACCUGCUUUCUAUCAUCUGUAGUAUCAAGGAGUCAGACACUCAAUAUGAAGUUUUCUAGUCUUCUCCUCAGUAGCCAUUAUUGGUAGUGCUGCUAUUCUAUGGUGUUUUCCCAGUAACUAUUUAGCAAGGGGGAAAAGAAGAAACCCAAACACCCUACAACUGACUACAUACACCUAAUUAAAUUAAACAAUUUAUUAAUG